GCUGCUAGUAACACACAGUGCUGGUCAUCUCAGGUGAGGCUCAGAGCAAUGGAAGGGUCUUAUUUGGUCAUUCAUGUGUGGGUAAAUCUCACAGGUUUUGUGACUGUCUUCUCCGUAGCUCUGGAGCAGCCUCAGUCGUUGGCGUGUAAGCUGGAGCUGGCGUCAGAUCAGGAGAUUCCCGCCGACUGGCUCCCGUUUGUCAGGGUUGAGUGUGAGGUGGCAGAUGCGGUGGCGUCCCACACGCGCGUGAAAUCUGUGGGCAUCGAAAGUGACGUUCAGCCGCAGAAACACCUGAGCAGCAGGGCACACUACCACUGCCAGGUGGAGAUUGAGAAGAAGCUGAUUGAGGCUGAGUCGGUGAAGCAGUCAAGCUGCGCGGCACAGUGAUGAUGGAGGACGCGGAUCACUGUGUUCAUGUCGCUCACUACAAUGAAAUCACAGAUUCCUUUUUAUUAUUGUCAUUAUUUUUCUACCAUCAUUUCUCAUGUAGAAUUCACACUCCAAUAUGCCACACAUCUUGUACCAUUAAGUAAACAAAUGUUUAUUAACCGUGAGAAUAAUGCAACUUUAUAUAUAAAUGUAUUUUUCCAGAGUAUUUUAAUAUCUUUAAUGGUCUUAUCCAAUGAGUUAUAAUAUUGCUGCACUUUACAAUUCUCACCCCAUUUUAGAUUUGUACGGGACUGUAAAAAUAUGGGAACAUGCGCAUACAUACAGAUAAUAUGCACCUGUCUGACAAAUGUUUGCAAAAGAUACAUUUUACUCAUAAGCCCUGAGACUGUCAGGUGUGCACUAGGAUAGUUUGGGGCAAGCAGAGGAGAAUUUAUUUUCCCACAAGACACUUGAUCUGAAUGUGCAUGUGACAGUCUCGGGGCUUUUGCUGCAAGUGCAACUUAAGGGCCUGUAGUGUGCGAUUGCUUAGAAUGGUUAUUAACUUACGCUUAUGCAUUUACCAUUAUUUAUGUGGUUUCAUGAAGUUAUAUUGUCCUAAGAAGAGAGUGCAUAAUAAAUAAAAGCCUGUUUGUUCACUCUCAUCUCUACUGAUUCAUCACUCUCUG